GCGCAUAUUUCUUCUCGUCCGGGGAUUCUCCGUACGCUACACAACUGGUUUGGCAAUUCAGUUUCGGUUUACCCUCGGAGCUCUUGAGUGCGCGCGAACCCAACUACCCUCUACUGUGUGAAAAGUUUCCCUUUGAAUGAGUGUUUUUUUUUCGGCAAGAGUGCCAUUUGCAAGGGGGAAGAAACUAGUUUAAUUACGUCAUAACAGUAAUUACUAUUAGGGGAACGGCAUUGGACUGUGUUGUGCUACGCUUCGCUUCACAAUAGAAGUAACACACGACGUGCGAGAACUACGUUUUUGCAAUCUAAGUUGAAGGAAUAUUGUAUUGUGGAUUUGCAAAACCAAGUGAGUUUAUUUGCUGACGAAGUUAAUUGGAAGAAAUCGAUCUACGAUGUUGGUUGCCUGCCUCCAGAUCGACAUUUUCCUCCCAUCCGGACCUGAACACCAGCUGCAGCAUCCUCAUCAUCGUCUGCAUCAUAUGCAUCGCCUGCAUUGAGUAAGACCAGCGUGUGGAACAAAUACUACUGAGAGACAGAGAGAAACUGCAUUCUCUCGGAUACGAGAUAGCAACAGCUUGGAAAUCCCCAGGAAAACUAGAUCGAUUCAGUCGCUGAGCAACAGCCGCGAACUCAAGAUCGUUUUCUUCGCGCCGUAGUCGUCGUCGUCGUCGCCUUCUUAGUUGCAGUCACCUUCGGAUUGCACUUUUCAUAUCUUCUUUCGUCACACUCUUACACACCCCGUCCGAUCUUUCGUCUCUUUCGGCAACGUGAUCGCGAGAAGAGGAGCAUCGACCGUGGAUAUGGCUCAAACGAUGAUGGCACAAGUAUUGUCAAUACCUCGAGACUUCACCGAUAACAAAGUUAAAGAGGAAAAUUCCUACGGGCAGACCGGAUCGUCGGUGCCGAUUUCGUACCACACGGAGGUUUCCCGGCUAGAGUCGUUCCGGGACUGGAUGGUGCCCUUCAUCAGCAAGACUGAACUGGCCCGGUACGGGUUCUACUAUGUUGGGCCAAACGACAUGGUAAAAUGUUACUUCUGCCGAGUGGAAAUCGGCCUGUGGGAACAGAACGAUAAUGUCCUUUCGGAACAUCUAAGAUGGUCCCCGUACUGUCCCCUGCUGCGCAAACGACAAACAAACAAUGUUCCGAUCGAUGCUAGUUUUCUGGAUCAGCUACCGGAACCUAGCUACGACACUUGUGGUAUUAGGAUAAGAGAAAACUCCGUUGCGGAAAAUGCCUAUUCCUCGUCGGAUCGAAGCAGUAGCGGUUCGCUUACGUCGCCACCUAGCUCGCUUACGUCCGAGUCUAGUAUGGCAUCGAAUGGACCAGUCGUUCAGCAACUAGUAGCUCAGGCAUCCAUGCCCCAACAGAAACGACCGGAAUAUCCAAACUACGCCAUCGAAGCCAAACGUCUGGAAAGCUACGAAGAUUGGCCAAAGUUUAUGAAACAGAAACCUAAGGAACUAAGUGACGCCGGAUUCUUUUACACCGGCAAAAGUGAUCGUGUCAAGUGCUUCAGCUGUGGCGGUGGCCUCAAGGACUGGGAAGCUGAAGAUGAACCCUGGGAACAGCAUGCCAUGUGGUAUAGUAACUGUGAGUACCUGAAACUAAUGAAGGGCGAAGCAUACAUCGCUCAGUGUUUGGCCAAGAAGGAGAGCUCUUCGGAACAGCCCGGCUCGGAUGUUGGCCCGUCCAAUUCCCCCCAACCCUCAACUUCCGGAGUGGCAUCCGCGGCUACAUCCUCGCUUCAGUCAUCGCCGGCGUCUAGCUUUACCGCCUCGGCCGAAGAAGAAAAUACCGCCAUGGUCGGGUGCAGUAGUGAUGAAGAUGAACCAAAUAGAAAACAAGACACCAGUCGGACUUGCAAAAUCUGUUAUGUUAAUGAGUACAAUACGGCAUUUUCGCCCUGUGGUCAUGUGGUAGCUUGUGCUAAGUGUGCUUCGUCUGUAACAAAGUGCCCGCUGUGCCGGAAACCUUUCACCAAUGUGAUGAGGAUCUAUUUGAUGUGAGAUCCUUAAUAUUCGAUUGCAGGUUUCACGGCGGUCCUGGGAAACAGGAAUUCAGAUAAGCACUCACAGUGCAUUCUGCAUCUGUACGUUCGAAUGCACGAAUCCCGUACGAAAGAAGAAAAAAGAGUAGGACACGGUUUUUUUUUUCUGAAUUAGUCGGUUUUCAAUUGACAUCUCACUGAGGCGCGACACAAAAAAAAAGAAGUUUUACUUUAGGUCCGUUCUAACUCUACAUGUACAUAAAUCAUAAAAUUAAAAUGAUAUCUAAAAAGAGUA